GGAAGAGAAGGGAAAAUGGUAAUAAUGAAUGCGGGAUUGUAGAAGGGAUUGGAAAGUCAAAUGUAGUGGUGAUGAUGAUUGAGAUAUGUGAAUGAAGGUGCCAACUGCCAAAAGCGGCGUACAUGGUGUCGCUAUAAUACCCUUCCACCCAAUCUUCGCUAAUACUCCUAACUCUCUUUCUCUUCUCUGCAUCCUUCUCACCACUCACAACCCGCCACGUGUUCCAUCACACUUUCCUCCUUCUCCUUCUCUUGCACUCACCCGUUGCUAUGUCACUCUAAUCUCAUGCCCAGGCACCAAAACCCAACCACCAUGGACAUCAUUCCUGGCAAGAUCAGAAAACGAGGUUGUUCCUCCUCGGCCUCCUCCUCCUCCUCCCUGCUUCACAACUACCGCUUCAAGAGGACUAUUCUGGUUGGGAAGCGGGGCGGAUCCAGUACGCCCGUGCCCACCUGGAAGCUCAUGAGCUCCAGAUCUCCUCUCCGCCCACUCGCCUCCUCCCCAAAGUACCCGCCGUCGCAGACCGCCGCCAAGCCUCGUCUGGCUCCGGUGUCGGCCAGGAAGCUCGCCGCCACCCUCUGGGAGAUGAACGAGAUUCCUUCGCCCAGCUUGAGGUCCAAGAAGGAAGUCAGAGCCAGAGAAAAGGUCGCUAGGUCCAUGCGUUCUGGUUCUUUGCCUCCCCAUUUGUCCGAUCCAUCACACAGUCCCGUGUCCGAGAGGAUGGAUCGAUCUGGAACUGGGAGUCGCCAGAGAAGAACUCCUUCUGUUUCUCACAGACCGAGGAUCCCUGAACACCAUGUUGGCCCUUUGGACUCUCUUAGCAAUGCCAGUCUCAUGGAGAUUGAAACCAGAUCCCGAGCACAGACCCCUGCUUCAUCUGCUGUUGGAGUUAAAUCACGUUUAAAAGAUGUUAGCAAUGCUUUAACAACAUCUAAAGAGCUACUUAAGAUUAUAAACCGCAUGUGGGGUCAUGAAGAUCGUCCUUCAUCUAGUAUGUCCUUAAUCUCAGCUUUGCAUACUGAGCUGGAGAGGGCUCGCCUACAGGUCAAUCAGCUUAUCCAGGAACAGCGCUCGGAUCAGAAUGAGAUAAAUUAUUUGAUGAAGUGUUUUGCUGAAGAAAAGGCUGCUUGGAAAAACAAGGAGCAAGAAAUUGUUGAGGCUGCAAUUGAAUCUGUUGCUGGUGAACUUGAUGUAGAGAGGAAGCUCAGGAGACGUCUUGAAAGCUUGAACAAGAAGCUUGGGAGAGAACUGGCUGACACCAAAACAUCCCUUCUUAAGGUUGUGAAAGAACUUGAAAAUGAGAAAAGAGCAAGAGAAAUUAUUGAGCAAGUAUGCGAUGAGUUAGCAAGAGAUGCUGAUGAAGAUAAAUCCGAGAUCGAGCAACAAAAGCGAGUGUCUACAAAAGUUUGUGAAGAGGUAGAGAAAGAAAAGGAAAUAAUGCAGCUGACUGAUAGGUUACGCGAGGAGAGAGCUCAAAAGAAACUCUCCGAGGCAAAAUAUCAGCUUGAGGAAAAAAAUGCAGCUGUGGAUACGCUCAGGAAUCAACUUGAAGCUUUUCUAGGAAGCAAACAAGUUAAAGAGAAAGGUCGCAGUUCCACUCACUUGAAUGAUGAAGAAAUCGCUGCGUAUCUGAGCAGAAGCCGAUUAAGUUCCCACUUCAUUGAAGACAAAGAAGAUGAUGGAGGAGAGGUUGACAAUGGAGUAGAGUGUGAGGAGGAAUCCGCUGAAAGUGAUCUGCAUUCUAUAGAGUUAAAUAUGGACAACAACAACAAGAGUUAUAAGUGGUCCUACCCUUCUGAAAGCAGAUUUGAUACAAGAAGAUAUCCAAUUGAGGAAGAAGUGAAAGGUAGCAGGAGGUCUACCUCUGGGAGGGCUUCAAGGAGAAGCACAUCCCUGCAAAGGAGUAUAUCAGACGGAAUGGAAUGGGGUGGCCAAGCUGAGAAGCUUCAGAAUUCAGAUGGGAUCGAUUGGGAAAGCUUUUAUGAGCUGGAAAAGCAAGCACAAGGAAAAGGAUACGGGGAUGAAAUGCAAGGCUAUAAAUCAGUAAAAGGUUUAAGGGAUCAGAUAUUGGCUGGUUCGAAGAUUGGAUCUUCAAGAGGUUAUGGCAGUCCCACCAGACAAUUUUCUCAGCCUUGGCCAUCACGUGAUCUCACAAAUAACUUUCAGGAGNNNAAUGGUCCAAAAUCAAGGUUAGGAGAAGUCAGGGGUGAGGGCCAGAGUGUAAGAAAGUCCAAAAGGUGAGUUAAUACCCAUAUCUUUUGACACAAUGGCCUUGAUUGUGAAGCGCAUACCCGUUUGCUUCUGCUAUGGUGGUGACUGUUCAAGGCGAAUAUCAUAGAUCCGCUAGCCAAGUAGCUGAAAGAACUUUUCCCCUUUUGAGUUUUAUCUUGUUGAUAGCCCAUGUCUGCUGAAGUUGCAGCACUCGCUGCUUAAAUUUUCGUUUCACCCUAUGUGUAGGUACGGUCGUGUCUGUAGAGUUCAGAACAUGUGUUACAUAAGUAUAACCGGCGAGUUUUUGUUUUCUCCUGUAAUAUAUGCUGAAGGUGAUUAAGAACAUUUUGUAUUUUCUCCCA